UCAAAUUACAUGAUGAUUGACGAUAAUAAAGAGAAUGAAGACCAUACAUCUGAAAGAGGAAGAACAGCCAUCAUUUUUUCCUUGAAGAAUGAAGUUGGAGGACUUGUAAAAGCAUUAAAACUCUUUCAGGAGAAGCAUGUAAAUCUGGUUCACAUUGAGUCACGCAAGUCCAAGAGACGAAAUUCUGAGUUUGACAUCUUUGUGGACUGUGACAGUAACAGGGAACAACUGAAUGAGAUCUUCCAGCUCCUGAAAUCCCAUGUCAACGUUGUCUCUAUGAACCCGACAGAGCAUUUCAAUGUCCAGGAAGAUGACAUGGAGAAUGUUCCCUGGUUUCCAAAGAAGAUCUCAGAUUUGGAUAAGUGUGCAAACCGAGUGCUGAUGUACGGGUCCGAUUUGGAUGCUGACCAUCCAGGUUUCAAAGACAAUGUCUAUCGCAAGAGGCGAAAGUAUUUUGCAGACCUGGCUAUGAACUACAAACAUGGUGACCCAAUUCCCAGGAUUGAAUUCACUGAGGAGGAGAUCAAGACCUGGGGGACCGUUUACCGAGAGCUUAACAAGCUUUACCCAACUCAUGCCUGCAGAGAGUACCUUAAAAACUUACCCUUGCUCACCAAAUACUGUGGUUACAGGGAAGACAAUAUCCCCCAGCUGGAAGAUGUGUCCCGCUUCCUGAAAGAGCGCACAGGUUUCACCAUUCGCCCCGUUGCUGGAUACCUGUCACCCAGAGACUUCUUGGCAGGAUUGGCAUUUAGAGUUUUUCACUGCACUCAAUAUGUUAGACACAGCUCGGACCCUCUCUAUACACCAGAGCCUGAUACCUGCCAUGAGCUCCUAGGCCACGUCCCUCUUUUGGCUGAACCUAGUUUUGCUCAGUUCUCCCAGGAAAUUGGUCUUGCAUCACUUGGGGCAUCAGAUGAGGCUGUCCAAAAGCUGGCAACAUGCUACUUCUUCACUGUAGAGUUUGGCUUGUGUAAGCAAGAGGGACAGCUACGAGUUUAUGGGGCUGGCUUGCUCUCUUCGAUUAGUGAGCUCAAGCACUCGCUCUCUGGCAGUGCCAAAGUCAAGCCUUUUGAUCCAAAGGUCACCUGCAAGCAAGAAUGCCUUAUUACAACUUUCCAGGAGGUUUACUUUGUUUCUGAAAGUUUUGAAGAAGCAAAGGAAAAGAUGAGAGAGUUUGCAAAAACCAUCAAGCGCCCAUUUGGCGUGAAGUACAAUCCAUAUACUCAAAGCGUGCAGAUCCUGAAAGACACGAAGAGCAUUGCCACUGUGGUGAAUGAACUACGUCAUGAGCUGGACAUUGUCAGCGAUGCCCUCAGCAAGAUGGGCAAACAGCUGGAAGUUUAA